GUGCACAUAAAUUAGCGUAAGUUACAAAAAGCAAUAGCAUAGCGAAUUUUGAACAGUUCUUUCGUUGAUAAAAUAAAAGUGACACUUAUAACUGGUUUUUCAGAUACAAAAAUUAUUUAUUUCUUAAUGUGAAAAUAUAAAAACAAUCGAGAGAGUAUAAUGUGUAUUGAUAUUUGUGGACAGUUAUUUCUCACUUUCCUUAAGACAAUGGAACCCUUCGAAAUUUUGUGCGGCAUCGCCGCCGUAAUUUUCGCUCUUUAUUAUUUUUUCACGUCAACUUUCGACUUUUGGAAAUCACGCGGCGUUCCUGGUCCACGACCGAUACCAGGAUUCGGCACUUUCAAAAACGUUGUACUUGGAAAGAUAUCCUUCAACGAUUAUUUGAAAAAACUGUACAACGACUACAAAGAUGAACCGUUGGUUGGGAUAUUCGCUGGCAAGACGCCCAUACUUAUCGUGAAACAUCCAGAUUUAAUUAAGGAUAUUCUUAUCAAAGAUUUCUCCAUAUUCUCCGAAAGAGGGUUCGUCUCUCACGACAGGAGCGAUCCGCUGUCGCAAAAUCUUUUCCAACUGGAUUCAAAAAGAUGGCGACCAUUAAGAGCGAAGCUGACGCCUGCUUUUACAUCCCGUAAACUAAAAGAGAUGUUCGUGUUAAUAUCAGAGUGCUCUGACCAUCUCGUCCAAUACGUGGAAAAAUUAGUGAACAAAAAUGAGUUUAUAGAAUGUGUCGAGAUGACGGCCAAAUACACGACCGACGUCAUCGGUAGGUGCGCCUUCGGCAUCGAGAUGGACGCAAUGUCGAACGAGGACAGCGAAUUUCGCAGGAUAGGAAGAAAUGUGUUCCAUAAGUCCUUCUGCGAUCGCGUACGAAUCAUCAUCAAGGACUACUUGCCGUGGCUCUUCGAUGUCCUCUAUGGCUACAUCCUGCCGCAAUCGGAGAUCACCAGAUUCUUCAUGCGCAUUGUCCUGGAGACUAUGGACUACAGACAAAAGAAUAAUAUUGUUAGAAAAGAUUUCAUUGACACGCUACGCGAAUUGAAGAAACAUUCGGAUAAAAUGGGCGAUAUCGAUUUGACCGACAGUUUGAUGGUUUCUCAAGCAUACGCGUUUUUCGCUGCUGGUUUUGAAACUUCAUCGACAGCGAUGGCUAACGCGUUUUACGAGCUGGCUUUAAAUAAAAAAAUACAGGACAGGUUGCGUGACGAAAUUGAUCAAGAAUAUAUAAAACUUGCUGGCAAUUUAACAUAUACAAACAUCAAGGAAAUGAAUUACUUGGAUAAAGUAUUCAAAGAAGUCUUACGAAUGUAUCCACCUGCGUUUUUCUAUGCGAGAAAAACGAUGUCGAGUUAUACUUUCAAUGGUACCAAAGUUAGUAUACCGAAAGGCCAAAUAAUAUGGAUUCCUAUAUACGCUAUGCAUCGAGAUUCGAACAUUUAUCCAGAACCGGAUGUCUUCGAUCCAGAAAGA